AUGUCUUCGCCUGUAAUAUCCCUGUCUAACAUCCGUGGAUUCGGUUCACCAGAUCUUGGUGCAUUUAAGGCAUCAGGCGAGCUUUUUGGUUGGAAAAACAAACGUACUGGUGAAAUCUUCCAGUAUAAUCACCAAGAUAUUCAAAGUGGGAUUUUCAUCAAAACUUCCCAAGGAUCCUACCAGCUUAGGCUGCAGCUAAAUGCUAAUAAGAACAACUCUAUUGCUAGAUUCGAUGGUUUUACUGAAAGAGCUAUGGCAGAAGUAACUACACACUUUGCCAAAUAUUUCAAUAUUGACAUGCCAAGGCAUGAAGUUAGUUCAAAGGGAUGGCAUUGGGGAGAAUACAACUUCCAAGAUUCAUCAUUACUAUUUAAAAUUGACAAGAAACCUGCCCUUGACAUAGACGUAAACAACAUAGCUCAGGUGACAAUUCCUAGUAAGGGAGAUUUGGCUAUAGAACUUAAAUCAACGCUGGACAGGAAUAUCUCUUGCGACCAAUUGCUAGAAGUCAGGUUUUGCAUUCCAAAGGGUGAUACCGAUGAUUUUGAUUACAACUUAGAAUCCCUCAAGCAGGAUCUUUUAGAGCGGAGUGGCCUUGGUGAAGUUAAAUCUACCAGCAUUGCACUGUUUACCGACGUCCCUUCAAUUGUCCCUCGUGGAAGAUUCGAGUUGGAUUUCGGCCGCAAAGGCAUAAAAUUUCAUGGAAAAUCAUACGAUUUCAGUAUACAGUAUUUAACGGUUAAUCGAAUGUUUUUAGUUCCAAAGCCGCACUCCCCUCAUGUUAUAUUUGUAAUUGGGCUCGAUAUAGCUGUUAGACAAGGCCAAACCAAAUAUCCGUAUAUAGUCUUGCAAUUUGACCAUGAGCAGGAUACUGAGCUUCAGCUUAAUGUUACAAAAGAUGAAGCGCAGACGUUGAAACUUGAACAGGAGAUCAAAGAUAAAACCUACAAUGUCAUAACCAAACUAUUCUCAGCUUUGGUUGGAAAAACAAUAAUUAUACCGGAAGACUUUAAAUCGUCAAAGGAUCAAUUUGCAGUGGCCUGCUCCUAUCGCGCAGGUAGCGGCCAUUUAUUCCCUCUACCAAAGUCCAUCCUUUUCGUAGUAAAACCCAUUCUAUUUUUUAGAAAUGAAGACGUUGUAUCCAUCGAAUUCCUUCGUACUGGCCUGGCUACGCAAAGCAGAUUCUUUUCAGUCACGGUACACGUAAAGGGCGGCAAUUCAUUUGAAUUUACCAAUAUUGAUAAGAAUGAGUAUCAAUUGCUGUCAAAUUACUUCACUAACAGGGGUCUAAAAGUUAAGUUUGUUGAGGAAUCAAAUAACUUCAUCCAAGAUGAUGACAUUGAUGAAGAGGAAGAAGAAGAAGAAGAUGGAGACUAUGAAGAUGUCGUAGAAAGUGAUGAAGAUGAUGAAGAUGAGGAUGAAGAUGAGGAUGAGGAUAAGGAUGAAAGUGAAAAGGAUGAGUAG